AUGCGCAAGAUUCAGGCCACGCGGACUUCUCCCCUUCGAAAGAUCUGCGAAGCACAGGAGACCCCCAAAUCUUCGCGAGGAGACGCCCGCAGCUCUCCUCGCAGCGCGCGUGGAGUCCACAGCGAGCCGCGGAGUCCGCCUGUCGAGGUGCACAAGCCCUCAAAGCCCUCAAAGCCCUCAAAGCCCCCCGUGGCCGCAGCCGCGACGCACGUCCCGCGCCUGACCAAGCUGCUUGCCACGCCGCCCAAGGAGCCGCGCAAGGAUCUUCCGCGGCGCGCGGCGUCGCAGGACUUCGGCCGCGUGUCGAGCCUCAUCCCGCCCCACGUCCGCGCGAUGCUGGCUGAGCGCUCGCCCAAGCGGCGCCAGAACGACGCGCCCGACGCGCCGCCAGAGCGUCCGCCCGGGCGCCGCCCCACGGCGCGCAGUCCGGGAUUGUUUCUGCCGGAGGUGCAGGAGAUCAGCUCGGAGGAGAGCGUGAAGGAUGAGGAGAACCUCUUUGACGACACCGAGCUGCGGCUGUACCGUCAGCGGCAGCAGAUGGAGCGCCACGCGCAGAGUGCUUGGGAAGAUGCCCAGCGCUUGGCCGAACACUCGGCAAGAGUGGAAGAGGCCAAGAAGCUGCAAGUGGUGAAGGAGAAGACUGAAGCCGCCCAAAAGCAACGGCAUGAGGUGGAGGCGGCCUUGCAGCGCUUGCGCCAGGCCGUCGUCGAGGUGGAGGAGCGAGCUGCGGAGCGGACGGCGAAGCUUCGAAAGCAGCAGGAGGUAGCUGAGGAGAAAGCACGCGAGCAGGAUGCAUUGUGUGAGAAGGAUCGUGGGCGUUUGGAGAGCUUGGAAGAGGAGGCUGCUGAGCGCUUGAAGUCAGUGGAGGCGACGUGGGCGGCCAAGUUGAAGGCCCAGGAGAAGCCCUUGAGCUGUGCUGAGGAGGCCUUGAUGCAAUAUAUCAACAAGAGCAAGUCCAAGAUGGAGAGCAAGGUGAAGCGCUUGGAGGAGAAGGCGACGGCGGAGCAGAAGGCGGUCGAGGAGGAAGCCAGCGCACAACGGGUGGUGGCUCCACAGCUGGCGGCGCUGAAGUCCGAGGUCUUGGCCACCGAGCGGGGCGCCCACGCCGCGGACGAGGCCUGGAAGCGUGCGGAGGAGCGCGCCUGCGCGGAGGAAGCGAGGUUGGGUGCGUUCCUGAAGCGCUUGCCACAGUUGGAGGUUGGGCGGGGGGACGGUGGAGAGGUCGUGCGUUUGAGCUGCUUGAGACAUUCAGCAGAGCGGCUUGGUCGUGCGGUGUUGAAGAGCGAGGAGGUGCGAUGCUUGGUGGAGGAGGAACUUGACGGGGACUUCGAACGAUUCAGAUGUUCGAGGCACAGACUUGGCAAGUGGCACGGCAACUUUGAGAUUGACCUGGAUUCUGUGCUGAAGAUGCUGUGGUUUCAACAAGGGCGCUGCUUCUACUCUGAUAUCCCGCUGCGUUUUGCUGAGCUCAACGUUGAUUGGAUGAUGUCACUCGAACGACUGGACAACAACAAGACGUACACCAAAGAGAAUACAGUGCUGGUGGCGUUAGAAUUCAACUCUGCGGAUCACAGUCGAACUGCCACAUCGCAGGUGUUUGGCUCUGGCCAGUGGUCCAGACGCAAGGCGGAGUACCAAGCCAUGGCGGGGCGGCGGCAAGGGCCGCCGGACCCAUCCACGGUGGUCUUCUUAGAUGUGGACGGCGUCCUCCACGCGAAGGGCGAUGAGUUGGAUCACUUCCGCGCCAGCAACAUGCGCGCCCUGCGACGCAUUGUGCUCACGAGCAAUGCGACGGUGGUCCUCUCCUCAAGCUGGCGCCGAAGGCCCCCGCUGCUCCAGCGUGCAGAUGCAGUGCUGCAGAAUUGGGGGCUUGCAGGUGUGGCCGAUCAGACGCCGGACUUGAAGGCCCAAGGCCUGAAGCGCGAGGACGAGAUUUUGAUUUGGCUCCGACGGCAUCCCGAGGUUCGGCAUUGGUUGGCCUUGGAUGACAUGGAGUUGACCUCCUCGGCGUCCAGCUUGGUGAACGCCUUGAUGGCCCAGCACGUGAUCCAGACCGAUCCCGAGAUCGGCCUGAGAGAGAUGUCCCAAGUCUCCCGCGCUCUGCGGGUGCUGCAGAAGUCCCGGGGCUUCGUCGAGGAGGCGCUGGAAAGAAAGAGGGUGACACAGAGAUCUGGGCUCUGUGCAUGA